UAUAUCCACUACAGUCUCUCGUAAGGUGUGGUUCUCGGCGUUCUGGUCAGAACUAUGCUCGUCCGGAAUCAACAAGUGCUACUCGAGACUACGCCGGGAAAACACUUGACCUAACCGAACUUAGUGAACACCUUUUCCACCAGUCGUGUGCGCCAGAAAGAGGAUUCAUCGUCGUCGCCCGGAAAGAGGGGCGCGCGCCUAUCAUCGUCCGAUCGGCAAGAAAGCCAGUCCGCGUUCGUAGAUCGACGUGGAUCGACGAUCUCCAGGCUCGAUCGCGGCUCAGCUCGCGUCGAACAGAAGCGUUCCGGGCUUUCGGGUGUUCUGUAGGUCGCGCGGUUCACCGGGUCUCUCUGGAUCAGGUGCCUCUGGAUCACGGAGAGAUCGGCGCGGGUUUUGUGAUUGUUUCGUUGGUGAUCGAUGGACACGGUGAAUUGUUGUUUGCUACCUGGCAGCGUCUCGGAAGAACAAAAGCAACAGGACAAAAGCAAGGGGACUCGCUCUGUGUACAUACAACGCAGCUACCACGUGACCGGAUAACUGACCACGGUUUAGCUGCGACGGAAUUCGAAGGAUUAGGAUCUUUUGCCGAGAUUACGCCAGGACACACGGGAGUCAACAUGAGGAACCACACGAAAGGGGUAGUUCUGAUCCUGUUGAGCAUCAUGGCUACCACAUUGGCUCUGCCGAAUGGUGCACCGCAAAGUGCAUGCAAAGACCUUCUUCCUCGACAUCCUGGAAGUUCCAAGCAGGACGCUUAUCCUGCUCCUUAUCAGGUGCUACCGGCUGCAGGACAGGGCAGGGUCCGCUUAAUUCUGGGGAGCCCUCAAGGAUUAGCUUACGAAGGCUUCAUGAUUCUAGCAAAAGACUUCGCGACCGGCGAACUGGUCGGCGAGUUCGCGAAUCUGCCUGAAUUCGCGAGGACCAUAGAGUGCACGGACGGUGUAAAGAACGCGGUGACUCACACGAACACCAGCAAGAAGCAUAAUCUCGAAUUCGAUUGGGAGGCACCGGCCGAUUACGAGGGAACCAUUGUUUUCAAGUCGACUUUCGCGCAGGACUACAGCACGUACUGGGUAGACGUGGAAUCGCCAAGAGUCAACGUUAACAAAAGAUCCAUCGACGUUCUGACCUCCUCCACGCCGGCCAGCACGCUCAGAACAACCACGCCGCCCUAUUUCAGCCCGACCGUCGAUUACGAGACAAAGGAAGUGGAGGACUCCAUGUACACCGGAUGCGGCAACACGAAGAACUGUUUUGGCACUCCGGCAGGAUGCGUGGCCACCAAGAAUUGCUUGGCGAUGGUUACGGUGCUGGUUCGCGGCGAGAGAUAUCUUUUCGAACUCCAAGCACGUGACAGUAAAUAUGUCGCUGUUGGCUUGUCCGACGACAGUAAAAUGGGCGACGACAGCGUGGUUGAGUGCGCGAACGAAGGCGGAGAAAUUGCAUUACACAUGUCUUGGAACUCUGGCAAGCAGAACAUGCGGCAGCCCAUGCAGGAAGGAGCCGUUCAACUGGAGUCGAGCUCCAUCAAGGACGAUGUGAUCACUUGUAAAUUUUGGAGAGAGAAAACGACGGUCGUCCAAGGCCGGGAAUACGACCUCGUCAAUACACCGUACAACCUUCUGGUCGCCGCAGGCAAAAGUCUAAAAAGUAACGGUGUCGGUUUCCAUGACACGGCGUACGACGCGACCGGCGGCGCGAAAUUGUUAUCGGACGUGGGCGGCUACACAACUGCCAGCAACGUGCUGAUUCGUGUGCAUGGCGCGCUGAUGCUUGCCUCCUGGAUCGGCACGGCUUCGAUCGGCAUCCUGCUGGCCAGAUACUACCGGCAGACCUGGGUCAGCUCGCAGUUGUGCGGAAAGGACCAUUGGUUCGCCUGGCAUCGGUUCUUCAUGAUUCUGACGUGGUCCAUGACGAUCGCGGCUUUCGUGAUCAUCUUCGUCGAGCUGGGUGAAUGGAGCUCGGAGAUCAUCCACGCGUCCCUGGGCCUGGCUACGACGAUUCUGGCCUUCGUUCAGCCGUUUAUGGCGGCUAUGAGACCCCAUCCUGGAGCACCGAGGAGACCGCUUUUCAAUUGGGCGCACUGGUUCGUUGGGAAUGCGGCGCAGAUUUGCGGCAUAAUCGCAAUUUUCUUCGCGGUCCGACUGAACAAGGCCAAACUCCCGGAAUGGGUCGACUGGAUUCUGGUCGCCUACGUGGUAUUCCAUAUUCUGACUCAUCUCAUCCUUACGUUCGUCGGCUGCGCCUCUGACAGGCAAGCCAGUCAGAGGGUGAACUCGUUUCCGAUGAAAGACAUGCACUCCCGCGGCUCGAUGGUCCAUCCGGAUGCCAGACAGGAUGCUCCCCACUCCGGGAUCAGGAAAUUCAUCUUCGGCGUGUACUUCGUGGUGAUCGUACUGUUCUGCGCGGCCCUCAUCGUCAUCACCGUGCUAGCUCCCAUAGAGGACUCCUGGGUCACCUUCACGAACACCAUUAAAAAUUACUGAACCGCCUCUGGGGGACUGUAAACGUUGCACUGCACGGGGAGGACGGAAUAUUGUGUUCGAAGUUGUCAGACCUGGACGUUUAGAUACGAUGAGAUUCACUUCUAUCCGAGAUAUUGGAUUCAGACGUAAAUGAUAUUGGGACAAUUGGUAUCAUUCAGUUGACAGCUGUAGAGGAUUCUUGGAUCAGCUUCGCGAAGAACAUUGGAGAUUAUAUCGUAAUGUUCUUAGAUGGAUACAGAGUAGAUCCUGUACGUGGACGACGAAUUAUGGUGUUCCAAGUUAGCGAAAGAGGACGUCCUGAGAUAAUAAGUAAACUGCGAAGUGUAGACGUAAAUAAUUUUCUUUUAAUUGCUAUCAGAGUGUCGAUUGCAUUGAGGACUCUUGGCUCAAACUCCACGAAGCAUAUUGGAGAUUAUUAUUAUGCUGUUUUUAGAAGCAUAGAAGAUUAGAUGCUGUACGCGAAUGACAAAUUAUAGUGUUCCAAAUUAACAGAAGAGGACAUUUUAAGACGAUAAGCAAAAUAAAAAGUUUCGAUAAAGUUGUCACCAUCGAAAUGAAUAAACUGAAUCUGAAGAACUGAAAACGACACACUGUGUAACUGUUGUUUAAUGAUGGCAAAAGUGGACAUUUCAGAAUGGCAACCUCUAAUUCUGUUCGCACUAGUGGGUUGACUAGCGAACUGCACAGCCUCUUGCACUUAUGACACUUGUAAAUUUAUGCAACACAAAUUAGUUCCGACAUAAGCGAUUCCAUCGGCAAUUAAAUAAAUUUUGCCGUUGCAGGAUUUUUAGAAGAAUGUCCAUAAAUGUCGAAGUUUGUAUAACGAUCCGCAGUUUAGUCGUGAAUAAUACCUACACAAUCGUGGUCACUGUUUUGGCUGGCAUAGUAGACUCCAGGGUCAUAUACACAAAAACUAUUGAAAAUUAUUAAAUCGCCUCCAGGGGACGGUAAACGAUGAACCAUAUGGGGACGACAGAGUAUUGUUUUCAACGUUUGCAAAACCGAACGUUUCAGGAUUUUCAUGCAUCAUUUUUAAUCGAACUAUUAUAUUUUGUAUAUAUUAAUUAUGUUAUAUGUAUACGAGUGAUACAAAAUUUGCGCAGAAUCAUCGUCGAAGUGUUAGCUUUUAUAGAGGUCUCUUGGAGUACAAUUAAAAUUGAUAAAGUGCAGUUAUCAAUGUUGAGAAAAAAGGACGAUUCGAAAUGCCAAGUUCUAUUUUUGUUUAAACCAUUCGGUUAAGCCAUAAGCAAUUUCCUUAUCAACAUUUCUAAUCACCAUCGUCGUGUUGGCUCCCAUGGGAACACUUAAAAAUUACUGAACUAUAAAGAGCUAAAAACAACACGUAGCAUCCAGACGCUGAAGUGCAGUGUCCAAAGUUAAGAAAAAUGGACAAUUUAAGAUGUUAUAUCCAGUUUUACCGAAACUAUUGGGCUGAGACACAAAUAAUAUCAAUGGAAUCGUCAUCGUCGUGCUGGCUUCCAUAUAGGACUCUUGGAACACUAUUAAAAAUUGCUGAACUAUCUUCAAAGUACUAUAAACGAUACAUAGCAUAAAGACAUGGAAGUACAGCGUUCAAUGUCAAGGAAAAUGGACAAUUUAAGAUGGUAAAUACAUUUUUAUUGAAACUUGGGACACAAGUAAUUUCGAUGGAAUCGUCAUCGUCGUGCUGGCUCCCACAGAGGACUCUUGGAACACCGUUCAAAAUGGCUGGACUGUCCCCAAAGUACUAUAAAUCCAUUUUUAUUGAAACUAUCGGAUUUAGACACAAGCCAUUUAAAUGGAGGACUCCCGGAUCAACAUUAAAAAUUACUGAACGGCUUCUAGGGAGUUAUAGAUGACAUACUAUACAGGAGUGACAGAGUAUCGUGUUCAACAUUGGCAAAAGUGGACGUCUCGAGAUGACAAGUUUCGAACAGCUCCGUGCGGCGCAUCCACGAGUGACUGUCUACAUGUAAAUCAGCCCGGAACCGACGUAAAUCGACGUUUAUGGAACUAUAUCGGAGUGUGAUUUGUAUGACAAUAUCGUUUGACUACACCGAAUGCUGGAAUGGCAACUCGGAAUCAGCUGAGGUAGGGACCACGAUGUAUGAUCGUACAAGUAGCGACAAUAUAUAGAAGGCGAGUGGAGGUAUAUAUAUAUAUCUAGGACGCGAAAACUGACGCAACAGAAACCGUUCCGUCCAUUCGUGUUGGACAAAAGAGUACCUACGUACGUUUUAUCGUGCCUUUUCUACUUUCACUGUCAGACUGACUCGAAAUUUCUGACAUUGCACAAACACUGUCCGUAAUGGUAACACAUACUGUCCGCGUGCGAUACAAUGUCUCCGAUCUUUGUUUUGGUUGUUCAAGAAUAUUCACAUUACGAGAAAGGCAUUAGUUUAUUGGCAUGAUCGCGGAAAUCGUUCGCGAUUUGCUCGGUUAGAAUCUCGCGAGGAGAUCCGUCACCAGCGUUCGCAGGAAAACAAGUCAGAUCUGACGUCGAAGGAGUGGGAGUAGGUGACGCAUGCGCCGAGAGUCUCGCCGCGCGAAGCAGAGCCUGCGCAUUCGUGGUUCUGAAUUACAAUGUUCACUUGGUAGAUGCGCCACGUCGCUGUACGGGACUCCGGGCGCAUGCGUCAUCCAUUCGCACACACCUUCGAAGUCAGAUCUGACUUAUUUUUCUGCAAACGCUGUCCGUCACGCAAGGUGCUUUAACAUUUAAGCUUCUCCGGUUGGACGCGCGCUGUUGUUCGUAAAUAUUUUGACACUCUUCAUUUCACGACCAGAUCUGACAUUGUUCAUUGCGUGCUUUAUAUUUUGUCUACUUCGUUGGAAGAUACCAUUGUGUUUCUGUUGCAACGAAACAUUUUUGUUACACCAUGAUACCGAUUGUUUUCGGUGGUAUUCCUGCGAAUUAAACAUUGUUAGCAAAGAUGUUGCUAGAAUACUUUCAAGCGUACAGUUCCAGUCUGUGUAAUCCAAAUGUUUGGAAAAAUGUCGAAAACAUAUUAUAUUUGCAAUUAUUUUGCAAGUUAUUGUUGGACUGCGAAUUUUGUGCAUUUAUGGCAAAAUUGGGAUAGUUGCAAUUUAAAAUAGUAGAAAGAUUAGAAGAAUAUAAAAACGACGAUGUAUUAGUUUUAAUCUACUGAAGUGAUUAAAGAAAGGAUCAACAUGCUACUUUGUUUCUGUCUCGUGCAACUGACGCAGACAAUUUUUAUUUUGCAUAAAAAUCCGCUGUCUAGUUGUUGCGUUUGACGUAAGAUGAAUAUAAUAAAACAGAUUUCAGAGUUUCCUUUCGGAGAAGCUUCUUUUAAGAAUCACAAUAUUUUAAGACUGGAAAUGAAGACAGGGACACUAGAAAAUCUCAUUAGAAUAAUUAAUUCCAAACAUCUUGGAAUAGUAUCAAACAAUGAAUACUAAAAAUGUCAUUAAAUUUCAUACUUAGAAAAGCUACAUAGAAGAUUUCAGAGAACUUGUACUGAGGAACGGUUAAUUGUAAAUCACGUCCAUCAUGUUCAUUCUAAACGUGUCAUUACGAAGAUUUUUUCGGGAACUAAAGGUGAUGCCAAAAUCUUCGAAAUCUCGUUGAGCAGUCCGGAACGCUUGCGAGCAACCACGUGCGCGUCCCAUACAGAUAUAAGAUACAUAUUUAUGGUAACAGUAUUAGAUUUUGUAACGUAUUUUUGAUUUUUACAACUGCCUAGAUUUAUUUGCCGCAGCGAUAUCGGUGCGUCGUCCUGUGCACGAUCGCGACGGUUCGAUCUGUCGUCGUCCACAGGAUCGCGUUUCAUUAACCGACAUAAUAGCGUUGUCCGUGUAUGUUAUUGAUAUUGUUAAUAAAAUAAAUCUAUUAUAUUGGUAACAA